AUGCGAGACGAACUUAAAUUCAAAUUUGAAACAAAGAUACGUCGCAUCCCGCCGCCACCAGUCACCGUUCCGCACAGGUUAGAUACUUAUCGACUCUGAUUGAUUUUGCAAGAGGCAACUUGUUAUGAACGACUGGAUUCUCUGCUUCAAUUAUUGCGCCGGAUUUUUGACAGUGAAGCUAGCCAUAAAACCACGUUUUGCACCUUCGAAUUUCGAUAUUUUGCCUUAGGAACUACGAAGUUGGUUUUAACGGUUAGCAGGGUUUGCUGAAAUAAGACAUAAAGCGGAAAACUGUUUGCGUUCAAUUUUAGCGGGUUUAAAACCCUGCACAUGGAAAGCUAUGACGGGUCAUCGACGGCUCUCGCUAAGGCCGCACGGGUCUGCCCCGUAGAUACACCGUAUGUUUUACCAGGUACGUUUUGCAAAGUUUUGUGUAGCAUUUUAUUUGAAUUCGCUUUAUUUUAUCGGUACACUCAAAGGAAAUGUUGGUCAAAAGCCAAAUUAGAACCAUUUCCGAUUACUCACCCGAGCAGUAAUCUGUCUCCUUAAAUCAUAACUGAACUGCCCUUUGUGUAACCUCAUUAAAUAUGUGUGUUUCAUCUGUACAUUCAAAUCUGCCUAAUGCGUAUCCUCGACGGUAGCUAUAGGCUUGGGCCAUGCGCAACGGAACUCAUCCUUUUACUUUCUUUGCCGGUCCUGCAAUUUAAAAUGAACUAAAGUUCUGCAUUGAUGUUGAAAUAGUGCAAAUCUUUGUAAACACAUCAGUUCGCAUCUUACAGUGAUUAGUUAAAACGGUGGUUCUUCAGAAGGAGGUUUUGAAACAUCGGAAACGUCUAUAGCUGUGUGCAAUGAUAGAAAUGUCCUCCACAUGAAAUGUCUUUUAACCUUUUAGAUCCUGGAACGGUGGCUCCACUUACGGCACCGCUCAUGUACAAGACGGAGUACAACACCUACGGUGAUUGUCACCGAACAUUGCUCUAG